AUGAACGGAUCUUAUUCGAUGCAGCCAGAGGAGCGAGAGAACGGGACCAAAGUAAGAGAGACCUUCAAGUUUAUCUCGGAGGAGAAGAGGGAGGUGAAGAGGGAUGUGUGGAGAGACGGCGGAGAGGAGCGAUCGGAGCCGUCCUGCUGCCUCAGCGUCAGCAAGCUCUCCUACACAGUCAGUGAGCGUGUUGGUCCGUGGUGGGACUUACCGUCAUACAGGAAGCGAUGGACUCGUCAGAUCCUCAACGAUGUCUCCUUCCAUGUAGACAGCGGGCAGAUCAUGGGCAUCCUGGGCAAUUCAGGUUCAGGAAAGACCACACUGUUGGAUGCCAUCUCAGGGAGGAUCGGAUACAGUGGCACGCUGCUGGGUGAGGUCUUCAUUAACGGCAGGAAACUGAAGAGAAAUGAGUAUCAGGACUGUUUCUCCUAUGUGCUGCAGAGUGAUAACUUGUUGAGUUAUCUGACAGUGGAGGAGACUCUGACCUACACAGCCCAGCUGGCCCUGCGGAAACAUUCGGCCGAAGCCAUCAAGAAGAAGGUGACGGCGGUGAUGGCCGAGCUGAGUCUGACUCAUGUGGCCCACAGUGUUAUCGGAGGCCGUGUCUUUCCGGGGAUCUCUGGGGGCGAGAGGAGGAGGGUCUCCAUCGCCAGUCAGCUGCUUCAGGACCCGAGGGUGGUCCUAUUGGACGAGCCGACCACAGGCCUGGACAGCAUGACGGCCAAUCAGAUCGUGGUGCUGCUGGCAGAGCUGGCCAGGAGGAACCGUAUCGUCAUAGUAACCAUCCACCAACCGCGCUCCGAGCUCUUCAGGGUGUUCAGCAGGAUAGCUAUAAUGAGUCGUGGGGAGCUGGUGUUCUGUGGGCAGCCAGGAGAGAUGGUGGACUUCUUCAGCCAGUGUGGAUAUGAGUGUCCAGAGUACUGCAACCCCUUUGACAUCUAUGUUGACUUCACCUCAGUGGACACGCGCAACAGCGAGAGGGAGGCAGCCACCUUCAAUCGUAUGCAUGAAAUCACUUCAUCCUAUCAGAGGUCAACCAUCUACCAGAGCAUGCUGGGAAAAAUGGAGCAGAGCCUGCAAAAGUCAGACAAGCCCGCCAUCCCCUUUAAGAGCAAAGAGUCACCGAGUGGUGCAGCCAAACUUGAGGUUCUGCUCAGACGGACGGCAAGAAACCUUUCCAGAGACAGGAUGGGUGUCCUGAUGCGUCUGUCCCAGAACCUGAUCUACGGUCUCUUUGUGGCUUUCUUCGUGAUGCAUUUGGACAACGAUGUCACCAAGGGCGCUGUGCAGGAUCGCAUCGGCAUCAUCUAUCAGUGCAUUGGUGCUUCGCCCUACACCGGCAUGCUGAACGCUGUAGCUCUCUUCCCGGCGUUGCGAGCUAUCGGUGAUCAGGAGAGUCAGGAUGGUCUUUACAGUAAAUGGCAGAUGUUCUUGGCCUACAUCUUCCACAUCCUGCCCUUCAGCAUCCUCAGUGUUUUCAUCUUCACCUCUUUCCUUUACUGGAUAGUUGGGAUGCACCCCGACAGCUUGCGCUUCCUGUGUUUCACUGCAGUUGUCCUGGUGCCGCAUAUUAUAGGUGAGUUGCUGACUGUGGUGUUAUUAGGAGUGGUCCAAAAUCCUAACAUGGUCAACACUGGAGUGGCUCUUCUCAAUAUUGCAGGGAUCCUGGUGGGAUCUGGUUUCUUAAGAAGCACCCAGCAGAUGCCGGAGGUCUUCCAGUGGCUCAGCUACCUGACCUUCCAGAAGUACAGCUGUGAGCUUCUCAUAGUCACAGAGUUCCAUGGACUCAACUUCACAUGUGAGACUUCCAAACCUUACAGGCCGGGAGCCUGUCUGAUCACUCAAGGCGAUCAGAUCAUUGAUGAGGGCUAUCCUGGCGCCCUGUCCCGAUACACACUAGACUUUAUUCUCCUCUACUCCUUCCUCCCUGCCCUCCUGCUGCUGGGCAUGAUCACCUUCAAGAUCAGAGACAAGAUUGUACGUCACUGAGACCACAGACACGUUUGUGUCCGAAUUGUCAUCAAAUCAUCUGACGUGAAAACUAAACAGCUGAAUAGUCCUACUUCUUAAAAUGCACCAUAGACCAACCUGCUGCUUCAACACUGAUGAAGCUCAAAAAACACACAGCACUUUCUUCAUGAUGCAAAUGUUUGCACUAAUGUCAAAUUCAUUAUUUUUCAUAUAAAAGUACAAUGUGGUAAAUGGAACCAACAUAUAAAUGUGUAGGUUCAUUCCAAAUUGAAGGAUGGACUGCUGUGUACCAUCCAGUAAUUGAAGAAUAUACUAAUACUAUACUUUAAAGGGGUAUAAUGCUACUGUUGUAUUGAAUUUAUUACUUUUUUGUUUAAAUAUUGUUGUGUACCGUGUCAUGAAUAUGAAGCAAUGUCUAUUGAAAUAAUGUACAAUUGUUUAUUUUUUAGAACAUCAUCGGUGUACAAAAAGUUUUGAUACGUUUAAAAUUGUUUCAGAAAGAAAUAUCUUGCUAUACAAGUUGUAUGAAUUACCAAGAAAUAAAUAAUGGAAAAUGUAUAAUGUAUUUACAGACAUAUAUGAUGCAUCUGUGUGUGACAAUAAAGCUGAUUGAUGUCUGUCUAUCUAA